GUUUUCAGUGACACUAUCAUUGGGCUCGCCGUAGUAAGCCUAAUAUCAGACAAACGGCGAUGAAGAGGAAGUACUUUGGCUACGGAUAGGCAGAUACACUGUUGGCGUCGGGCAAGCCGGAGUCAAGGACAAGACUCCGUGAGAAGCUAUCAAGCACAAGAGCUGCUACAAGAUGAGGUACACAGUGCACAUUAAGAACGGAAAGGCGGCGAUACAUUUACCUGAAUGAGACACUGUCUCUGCCAAUUUUAAACUUGCUCCCACACUUUCACCAUGGCUACAUUCCCUCCGGAGCUCGUGGAAAUAAUUGUUCAUGAAAUAUGGCAUUCUACAAUGCCCUCUAUCAUUCGACAGUCCUUCAUGACGACUUGCCCACGAAUCAAUCGAACGUGGAAAGCCGUUUACGCUCCUAUUGCUUCCCAGGACAUCUACAUCCCCAGCCUUGCAUACAUAUACUACCUAUGCGAUAUAGCCGGACGCCAGAAAUCCAUCAUCUACCAUGAUUUCAUCCCCCGACUUACUCGUACCAUCACCUGCUUCGUCGAUCUCCGAAGAAAUGUGGAGGAAAGUGCCGCAGCAAAAGAAGUCUACGCUCUUCUUAUGUGGCUACCUAAUGACGUUGGCCUCAGAGCUCUUUUUCCACAAGUUCCCUAUAUAUCUUUUGAGCUCAACUGGAUUGGUGAUGGACGGAUGGAGGAGAUACGUGGUCUUCCCAUCCUCAUUCGCUACGACCGAUACCUAUCCCCAUGCUGCAAUAAUGCAGGUGAAGACGGGUAUCUGCGACUGGACGUGCAUAUAUUCAUUCUAGACCUGGACCCUUCCUCAAGCUUGCGUAGUUGCCAUUGGCGUCUCAUCCUAUUAGCAUUGCACAAUGUUGGUUUGAAAUUUCCGAGGACCUUCAGUGGAUGCGAUAAUUCGUAUUAUCAGAGAAUGUCUUGUGGCCGCAUCCUAUAUCUCUAUCAAACCAAGUUCUUACCUGAGCUCCAAGGUGAUACGGGAGAUAUCAAUCGGUGCUUAUGGAUGGCUUCCAAACGACCCCACGGAUUGAGAUUACUUGCCGCCCCACGUUUUUACUGGAAAUAUAAGCAGUCGCAGUGGUCUUUACCCGUUGCAUAUUCAUACUACUACCGUAUAGUAGGUCGAGGCUCUCGAAUUACUAUUGGAAUGUAACUUGGAAGCCAUUGGCAUUGUCCAGGC